AUCCACCUUCCGGCUACAUACACAGAGCAAGCGGAGUGACAUCGGUUCUGGAUCCUCUCAAACCUCUUUGGCUUUCAUUGUAAGCUGACUCGACGCAGUUCGGAAAGCCCUGCCACGGACCCUCCUCGCACCCUGAAGAUGAGUGACGGAGAGUGUGACUUCUUUUGCUUCUUCCGCUGCUGUUGAGCUCGUUCAGCUCAAAUCCCGCCCUCGAGGCAGACAGACAGACAGACAGACAGGAAGACCGGCUAGUAUUGUCUCUGUAGCCUCACUAGAACUCCCCAAUAGAGGACCAAUCCACGGCAGACCACGCCCCCAAAAGAGGCGGAGCUUCGAACAAGACCCUUUUUUUUGAUUUUAUUGGUUUUGCCAAUCCAUCAGGUGUGCUCCGACAGGUAGGCGGGGCCGUCCACCUGUCUGGGUUGAUCUGAUUGGCCAUCCCGGAUGUCUGUGGAUAUGAACAGCCAGGCGUCGGACAGCAAUGAGGAAGACUACGGCGUGAACUCGGAGGAGGACGAGGAGGACGACGAUGGGGACGACGACGAAGAGGACGAGGACCCGGGCGACAUCGCCGACUACUAUGAAGGCGUGGCCAGCGACGUGGAGCAGCAGGGGGCGGACUCGUUCGACCCCGAGGAGUACCAGUUCACCUGCCUCACGUACAAGGAGAGCCAGCGGGUGCUGAGCGAGGAGGUGAACAACGUAGCGGCAUUGCUGAAGGUAUUACCGGCGGUAGCUAAACUGGUGCUCGUGCAUUUUCACUGGCAGGUGUCACUAAUACUUGACAGAUACCAGUCCAACUCCUCUCUUCUGAUGUCCGAUGCCCUGGUGCAGCCCAGUAGCACUUGCAGAACACUCACAGCCCCUCAGUCCCUCCAGUGUGGGGUGUGUCUCCAGGUGGUGCGACGGGACGCCCUAUUGGCCCUGCCCUGUCAGCACUCCUUCUGCAAGGCAUGCUGGGAGCAGCACUGCACCGUGCUCGUCAAGGACGGCCUGGGAGUGGGUGUUUCGUGCAUGGCUCAGGACUGUUCCUUGCAAAUGCCAGAGGACUUUGUGCUUCCUCUCUUGCCGGGAGAAGAGCUGAAAGACAAGUACAGACGCUACCUCUUCAGGGACUACGUGGAGAGCCACUUCCAGCUCCAGCUGUGUCCCGGGGCGGACUGCCCCAUCGUGAUCCAGGUGGAGGAGCCGCGGGCCCGCAGGGUGCAGUGCAGCCGCUGCAUGGAGGUCUUCUGUUUUAAAUGCCGCCAGAUGUACCACGCCCCCACGGACUGCCCCACCAUCCGGAAAUGGCUGACCAAAUGCGCAGACGACUCGGAGACGGCAAACUACAUCAGCGCACACACUAAAGAUUGUCCCAAGUGCAAUAUCUGCAUUGAGAAGAACGGCGGUUGCAACCACAUGCAAUGCUCCAAGUGCAAACACGACUUCUGCUGGAUGUGUCUGGGCGACUGGAAGACCCACGGCAGCGAGUACUAUGAGUGCAGCCGCUACAAGGAGAACCCCGACAUCGUGAACCAGAGCCAGCAGGCCCAGGCCCGCGAGGCCCUGAAGAAGUACCUCUUCUACUUUGAGAGGUGGGAGAACCACAACAAGUCCCUCCAGCUGGAGGCCCAGACGUACCAGCGCAUCCAGGAGAAGAUCCAGGAGCGGGUGAUGAACAACCUGGGCACCUGGAUCGACUGGCAGUACCUCCAGAACGCAGCCAAACUGCUGGCCAAGUGUCGCUAUACGCUUCAGUACACCUACCCCUACGCCUACUACAUGGAGUCUGGGCCUCGCAAGAAACUGUUCGAGUACCAGCAGGCCCAGCUGGAGGCAGAGAUCGAGAACCUGUCCUGGAAGGUGGAGCGCGCAGACAGCUACGAGAGAGGCGUGGUGGUUGGGGGCGAGGGCGAGCUCAGUGCCAACGACAGAGGGGAUCUGGAGAAUCAAAUGCACAUCGCCGAGCAGAGGAGACGCACACUGCUGAAGGACUUCCACGACACCUGAAGCCCCAAACGCGCCCGCCAAACACCAGCAUGCCCCCCCCCCCCCCCCCCCGCCCCGCCCCGCCAUCCUCCCUUCCUCACAUCCUUGACCGUCUCACGGUCCAUACAUCCUUCACUUCACACCUCCUCCUCCUCUCUGCUAUCCUAACUCCUAUUACCUCACCCGCGUGUGUUUGUGUGCGUGUGUGUGUGUGUGUGUCUCUCUCAUCCAUCUCUCACUCACACCCAUCGAUCCCUGUCUCACCCGUCUCCCUCUCUCCCUCUCUGGCUGUGGUCUGGCAGGGGUGGGCAGAAUGGCACGAUUGUAUCCUCCUCUUCAUGGGUAUUCGCCCCCUCCCUCCCCGCACUUUGCUUCUCAACAUCCUUCAGUUUCCAGAAGAUCUGGUUUGCAGCAGCUGUCGCGUGUCACUCUUGGCGGUUCCAAGACUUCUCGGCUUUCGCAGUGCGGUCACCAUGACGACGCCGUGUCUCGUGUUCGUACCCAAAUGAAGACGUUCCCCCGGGUGUACAGCUCAUCGAACGCUUGCCGUUUGACCUCUUUAGAUUUCGUUCAGUAGGACUGCACAAUUUAUUUGAUGAAAUGGAUAACGUUAAACUCUAUGAAAGAGCCACCAAAUGUUAAAUUUGAACUGCAGGGGAGGGCUGGUGAGGCAGGCAUUUGUGACUUUCUGAUUGGUUCCGAAUCUGUGCUGGGGGGGGGGAGAGGAGUGUCCUUCUGCCAAGUAUAAAGCACCUGAACUCACUUGGUAUCAAUUAGAGCCGGUCAGAAAUUGUGAUUGCGUUUGGUCUAUGAUGGUGCCAUGACAGUGUGGCUAGAUGUUAUUUGCCGUGUUUAUAUAUAUUUUUUGUGAUUUCUAACAAUGAAAGAUGAACUCGAUAAAGGUGGAUGUAAAAAAAAUCUUUGUAUCUGAUGUUGGUAAAAAUGUAGAUCUUCUCCCGAUGUCCCCUCCUCCCUGACCCCCACCCAGUGAUCGGACUGUGAAAGCCCAGCUGAACCCAAGAGCAUAACCCAUACGUCCAUUUAAUACUCUGCUCAUUGUAAAUCAAGCGCAUGCACGUGCACACCACAACACUCACGUCAUUUCACACACACAAGCGCACGCACACAUCCAUGCUCAAACACUCCGGAAUGAGAAAAAAAAAUAAACAAGCUAUUAAUUUGCCUCCUUA